AUGGUACCAAAUGAUGAAGAAGCUCUCCAAGCUUUGGAUGAAUCUCAAGCUACUACACAAGCCUCUGCGCAAGCAGCUGCACAAGUUGCUGCUCAAGCUACUAUCUACAGUGGUGGCCAAGGAAAUGUGCAAAUAAAUGAGUUCAUGGUGAUGGAUCGAUUCCAUAAGGCUAACCCUCAAUCGUUUGAAGGUCACUAUAAUCCUGAUGGAGCUCAAAAGUGGUUGCAAGAGGUUGAGAAACUUUUCAGAGGAGUGGCAUGUUCCGAAGGUCAUAUAGUGCAUUUGAGAACCUUUAUGUUGACGAAAGAAGCUGAACAUUGGUGGGAUAAUGCGCAUCAACGUUUAGAUAAUGAUGGGAUUGCAAUUACUUCGGAUGUAUUCAAGAACACGUUCUUAGUCAAGUAUUUUCCUGAAGACAUCCGUAAUAGGAAUAAAAUGGAAUUUGUCAAAUUGGAAAAGGGGAAUAUGUUAGUAGCGGAGUAUGCCGCUAAGUUUGAGGAGUUAUCUAGGUACUAUUCACUCUAUGUUGGAGACACAUGA